CUACCACUAUUUAUCUUUCCCAAUUUCACAUUCUCUUUUACAGUAGUUUUCUGUCCUUUCUCUUCUUGAUCUCUGUGCUCCAUUUUUUCUUGAUACAAUUAGGUAGGGCUGCUCACCUUCUUUUGUCAGGAUUCUCUCUGCUAAUAAUCCUUCAUUUCCAAAGUCCAACAAAUUGAUUCCAAAAUCUUGAAAAUAAAAAUAAAAACUUCACUUUCAAACCCCAUAAAAACCACAAUAUUAGUACCCCAUAACAUAAGAGUCAAAAACAAUUCUUCAUAUUUUCCUAACUUCCUCAACUUCUCUUAGUCUUUUGUUUACUUCAAAUUUCAAACUAUGAGAGCCAUAAUGGCUAAGAACCCUCAUGAGUCUUUCUCAUUUUCAAGAAGAUACUUUAACUUCAAGAAAAAAGUUGAAGAUGAAGACUAUGAUGAUGAAGUGUACUUGACUGAUUACCACUCUUCUUCGCUAAGAGGCGAAGAAGAGUACUUCAGUGUGCAUUCGUUGUCAGGUCCGACAGCGAAUGCACCAAGAAGCAAGAAACUGUCGCGUUCGACAGUUUCUAAGCUUCGUUCGGCUCUUACAUUUGGUAAGAGCCGAACCCAAAUUGGCCUCGGGACUAAAGUGGUUGGUACUUUAUUUGGGUACAGAAGGGGACAUGUUCAUUUUGCAUUUCAAGAAGAUCCUAAAUUGGGCCCUGCAUUUUUUGUAGAAAUGGCCACUCCUACAAGCCAUUUGGUUAGAGAAAUGGCUUCAGGGUUGGUUAGAAUUGCAUUGGAAUCAGAUAAGAGGACUGGGAAAAAACCUGUGAAAUUGCUAGAAGAGCCAGUUUGGAGGACAUAUUGUAAUGGGAGGAAAUGUGGCUAUGCAAUGAAAAGGGAAUGUGGACCUGAUGAAUGGAAGAUUUUGAACUCAAUUGGGCCUGUUACAAUGGGGGCUGGAGUUUUGCCAAGUGAUGGAGAUGGAAUUGGCUCAGAAGGUGAAUUAAUGUAUAUGAGGGCUAAAUUUGAAAGAGUUGUUGGGUCUAAAGAUUCUGAAGCAUUUUACAUGAUGAAUCCUGAUGGUCAUGGUGGUCCUGAACUUAGCCUUUAUUUGCUUAGAGUUUAAAUACUUUUCAGUUCAUAACGGUGGCGUACAGACCAGCUCAUGCAUCUCGACUAUUUUAUCGGGUGUAUGCCACCAAUUUAUGCGUUUCAACUAUUUCACCGAAUAUCUGCUAUGCUGAGGGUUGAAUUUUGCGUUCAAAACUUGGGAGUUAUAAAUAUAUGUAAUAUUAUAUGAUGAUAAGUUCUUAUGAAGACAUAAGAGGUUAGUUUUUGCUUUUCUUAUGAUGAUUUUGGAGGGAGAAAUGGGUAUAAUUAUGUAUUUUGGUUUGUUUAUGUACUAGUAUCAGGAAAUGGGGGGAAACAAAGAUUUGGAGGUGGAGGUGUGAACUAUGUAUAGAUUAUGUUUCUAGUUUUCUUGAAGUGAAAGAUAAUGAAGUAAACUUUUGUACUCUCU